AUGUGCUCCCAAACCUUGAGAGACUCGGGUUUCAUGAUUUUUGUUAAUUAUGUUAGUAAGAGGAUUCACGUUUCUUCUCUCAAGGAAGAGUUCCAGGUCUAUGAUGUUGUUUUGGAUGUGUUCAUUGUGUAUAAGAGUUUGAAAAGAAAAUUCGAGGACUCUACUUUUGUGUUCGUUAGGUUCAGUAAUAGAGAUGAAGCGAGCUUGGCGGUGAAAAGAGCUGAUGGUAGGGUUUUGGAUGGUUUCAAAAUCAGAGUUUUCCACGACAAUAAUCCUGUAAGACUUUGCAAGAAGGUUGAUGGUGUAAGAAGGAUUAAUAAGGUAUGGAGGCCAGUAUUAAGGGACGUUAGGUCGUUUAAAGAGGUGGAGGGAGGUGUGUCGGUAGCAGGUGGGUUUCCAGUUCAGAAGUUUGUUGGUCAGCAGACUGGGAUUCAUUUUAGUUCUGUUGCAGGUGUUCAUGUUAGGGUUGGUGAUGACGGUGUAGCAAGGUUUCCUUCAAAGCUUUCUGUUGCCAAGGUAUUGGUGGAAGUUCAGUACGGUUCCUUAUCUGAGAAAGUCUCCAUUUUCAUUGAAGGUCGUGUAGUCUCUAUUAAAGUUCUAGAGUUUGGGACUGCUAACGAGGGUGUUCCAUCGGCUAAUCGGUCCGUUGAUCUGGCGGUGGAAUCUGCUGCGUCGGGAAGCUCACUCGGCAAGAAUGGGAACCCCAUUUCCAGUGGUGGCAUCUUUUCUGAAGCGUGCAAUAAAGAAAGUUUUGGAGAUGUUUUCAAGGAUCAUGUUGGGGAUCCGACCAUGGGAGGUUGUGGUAUCGAAGUUGGUAGAGAGCACGAUGGUUUUCAAACUCCAAAUUCAUCCAAUCACGUGGGGCUUCAGAGAGUGGAGGUUGAUGGUGUAGUGCGUGAUGGUUUUAAUAUUGGUAAGUCCUUUUUAGUAGAUGCUUCAAGGAAGGAGGUUAGUGGGAUGGUUAUAGGGGAUGGUGAUGGUUCACCAGAUUGUGGGUUUCCACGUGGGAUAGGCACUAAGACAAGUGGGCAAGGAAAGAGGUUACCAGAUGCAAAGCCGCGCCCAGCUAAAUUACAGCCAGUCGUCAUGUUGGAUACCGUCCACGAGAUUGCAAUUUACAUCCAUAGGUUUCAUAACCUUGAUCUUUUCCAGCAAGGAUGGUAUCAACUCAAGGUUACUGUCAGAUGGGACAAUGAAGAACCUGCUUCUGCCGCCUCGCCUUCGAGAGUCUUACAAUAUGGAGCUCCGAACUAUGGUUGUGAGAGUGGUGGAUAUGGAGUAUGGAAGAUUGAUGAAAAAGACAACAGUUUUGUGACGCAGCAUUUUCGAAUCAAAUAUGCAAGACAGGAUGUUCUUUUAUUUAUCAUGGUUGCAUUUGAUUUACCUCUUAAGGAAAAUGAGUGGCCUUCCUCAUCAGCUAUCAUUUUGAAGUUUGAGCUUUUAUAUGCUCCUCUGAUGGAGAAUGGUUCUGAGUUUCAGGCUUCUCCAUAUAGUUGCCCUGCCGCUGUCCAUGAAUUUCGGAUCCCUUCUAAAGCUCUUUUAGGACUUCAUUCCUAUUGCCCUGUUUAUUUUGAUGCGUUUCAUGCUGUUCUUGUGGAUGUAAGCGUUCACAUCACUCUCCUAGAAGCUGGUUCUAUCCAAGACUCAAUGAAUGUACCCAGCAUUUCUUUUACCGCCGCUGAUGAUGUUGCUCGUGAAACUAUUGGUGGUUCGACUCUGGAGUUGAAUCAAGCAGAUUCGAGUGACCUGAAACAGGCCAUGAUUGUAAAGGCAUUAUUAGAUGCUCGUGAAACCUUGAUUUUAGAGCUACAAAAACUUGGCAAUGCCAUUAACCAAGCAAUUGAUUUGACUAAAUUUACAUCCACAAUGAAUGAUACAAGGUUAUUUGAUUCAUUUCUGCAAGAAAAUCAGGUUACUGCUGAUAAUGAAGUCUCCGGACAAGGCAAGCCACAAAAUGGUCCUGAGAAAAUUAAUGGCGAAUCAGAUUUUCAAAGUGCUCAAUUGCCCCAGAACUUAUCCAAGGAUGAUGUAACUAGAAUGUUUAAUCUAUAUGGUGAUCAGAUGUUAUUUUUAUGGAGCACUUUUCUUACUUUCCACAGGGAUAAUAAAACAAAGAUAAUGGAUGUCCUUCACGAAGUAUGGGCUAACGAUCGAAAAAGUGAAUGGUCAACGUGGAUGGUUUACUCUAAGGUUGAAAUGCCUCAUUAUCCUAUAAAUGAUGGCUUUGAGGAGACAAACCACCGUGUUGUGCAUAAGCGGGGUUCAAGUUUGUGGAAGCUAUCUGAUGAUCCUGUGCAUAUGGCAGAGAUAAAGGCUGACCUUCAUCGACAGAGUAUUGCACAAAUGAAGAUUAACAGUCAUUCAAUCCAAGACAUGCAAAUAUUUGGAGAUCCUUCAGCAAUUCCUAUUUUAAUUGUAGAACGCGUUAUGAAUGCACCUCAUCGUAGUUUAAGUUAUAACUCGUACAUGAAUAAUUUGGAUGUCUUAGAUUCAGUUGCCUUGCAUGAUGAUAUUAGUGCUGAAGAAGGGAAAAAGACAUCAAGAGGAAAAGCUGAAAAAAGAUGCCGUGAUUUGAAGGUUGUUGUCUUUGUGCAUGGAUUUCAGGGGCAUCAUCUGGAUUUGCGACUUGUUCGCAACCAAUGGCUUUUGAUAGAUUCCAAGAUCGAGUUUCUCAUGUCGGAGGCAAAUGAGGAUAAAACAUCUGGAGACUUUAGAGAAAUGGGACUGAGGCUGGCGCAGGAAGUGGUCCAUUUUCUUAAAAAGAAAAUAGGUAAAGCUUCAAGAUAUGGACGACUAGGAGAGAUCAAACUUAGUUUUGUGGGGCACUCCAUUGGAAACAUCAUAAUGAGAGCAGCAGUAGCAGACAGUGUUAUGGAACCUUACCUGAGAUAUCUUCAUACGUACCUAUCUCUAUCUGGUCCACACUUGGGAUAUCUAUACAGCUCAAAUUCUUUAUUUAAUUCUGGGUUGUGGCUUUUGAAGAAGUUGAAAGGAACCCAGUGCUUCCAUCAACUCACUUUCACCGAUGACCCCGAUAUCUAUAACACUUUCUUCUACAAGCUCUGUAAGCAAAAAACACUGGAAAAUUUCAAGAAUAUAAUCCUCUUCUCUUCACCCCAGGAUGGUUACGUUCCAUAUCAUUCGGCCAGAAUCGAGUCAUGCCAGGCAGCAACAACGGAUCGUUCAAAAAACGGAAAAGCAUUUUUGGAAAUGUUGCAUGCCUGCUUCGAUCAGAUAAGAGCUCCUACAACUGAAGAUCGGGUAUUUAUGCGAUGUGAUGUCAACUUUGACACAUCCGCUUAUGGCAAGAACUUAAACUCGUUCAUUGGACGGGCUGCACAUAUCGAGUUUUUGGAGUCCGACUUUUUUGCUCGAUUCAUAAUGUGGUCAUUUCCAGAUAUAUUUAAAUAAUAUAUUACGAGCAGUCCGUGAUUUCUGUUGUUCCACCUUAUAGAUGGAUCCCCGGUCCCAGAUUGGUUGCUAAACGCUGUGCCGGUGAUCCUGGUUUCUAGUUUUCGAGCAUCACAGUGAAAAAAGAGAACCAUGGGUUUGUGAUUUUGGUGUAUAGGUUAGUGCCUAUAUCCGCCAGAUGAUUGCUGUAGAAAUUGUUAUACAAGUCCUCAUCACAUAAUGUGUAAAUAUAACGCAAAAAAAAAACAUUUAAUUUAGGUAAUUGAGCUUAUGCCUUAUAAUUUAUGUGAUGAGAAAGGUUGGUAUAAUAAUUUUUCACAUAUUUGACGUUUGAUAGAUACAUGGAGUCUGUAUCGAAUUGGUAUCAAAUGGAUAUCAGCUGUAAAUUAUUGGGUUGAACAUACGUACGUACAUACGUGGGAAGGCUGUUAUCUCUAUUUAGCUGGGUUUUCUUUUAAUUAAACCUGUA